UGUCAAGGAGAUGACUGGACACGAGAGGAGAAGGUUCAACUCGAAUAACAAAGUAACAGAAGAGAGCAGCACACCGCGAAACAGACAGUCACACUCUUGCAUGCUGCACUUUCUAUUUUGGACAAAUGUGACAAAUUUAGGUUAAAGUGACUCUGUUAACCUGUGAACUGACUGAACCCUCCUCUGCUUUUCACGUUCGUAUCCCAGUUUGGAUAAUGGAGAGCUGCAAUCAGCGGGUGUUCACACUGCUGCUCCUGCUGCGCUGCUUCAUGAGUCUCUCCACCUCGUCCAUCGACACCAUGAAUGUGGUAGAUUUCUGUGGCCAGACAAUCCAAGGUGACGGUAUGAUCAUCAACUCACACCAGGAAUCCAAGAAGUACUACUUUGUGAUCAUGGGGACUGAUUGCCACCUGACAAUGCAGGCCAGCUCUCCCAAAGACAAGGUCCAGUUCCAUUUCCGCUUCUUCCUGGUUUACAGCUUGCUUAGAGUGGCCCCCCUGAGUCCUGUGCCUGUCUUGCCAGAGUCUCUGUCCCCCCACGGUUCUGCCCCUCUCAGCCCCAGAUCGCAGUCUACCUCUGGUGAAAACUCAGAAGAUCCGUGUCAUGCCGGCUCUUACGUUCAGUUCUAUGAUGGUCGGGACACAACCUCGCCUCUCUUGGGGCCUCCUCUUUGUGGGAAGAGCCCACCCCGACCAGUGCUGUCCACAGGAAACUACCUGACCCUGAGGCUGGUGACCAGGGGGACUCAGCCUCGAGUUGACUUUGUGGGGGACUUCACCUCCUUCAGACUGGGUAAGAAAAACACGGUAAAGGUUAUGAAAAUGUGUUUGAAAGUCAGUCUUUAGCUAAGAA